ACUGUGGCUUAAAGCCAGGCCUCCUUUGGAAGACGGGUGCUGCAUUAGAAUUAGAAUUCCUUCUGGAUAGCAUGUGCUGCAACAGGAAGUCUACCAACCUGUGAGAUGGAGCAGCAUAUUCCCAUCUGUUGCUGGCCAGCUGUCCUGUACAUCCCCCUCCUUUUCAUGAGAUCAGCCUGACAGCAGUAGUUAUGCUCUUGAGCCAUCAUGCAGCUGAGCUGCAAACAUGAAUCACAAGGGUCUAGUUGGAGAAGAGACAGAGACCAAAAAAUGCCACCUGCAGCAGGAGCGCCAGAUUACCCACCUCCUGAUGGAGGCUGGGGAUGGGUUGUGGUCUUUGGGGCUUUUAUCUCCAUUGGAUUUUCCUAUGCCUUCCCCAAAGCCAUCACAGUAUUCUUCAAAGAAAUACAAGAGAUCUUCCACACAUCAUAUAGUGAGAUAGCUUGGAUAUCAUCGAUAAUGUUGGCUGUCAUGUAUGCAGGAGGUCCCAUAAGCAGCAUUUUGGUGAAUAAGUAUGGUAGCCGGCCUGUGAUGAUAGCAGGGGGUAUCCUGUGUUCAUUUGGAAUGAUUGCAUCCUCUUUCUGCAAUAGUGUCCUUGAACUCUACAUAUGUAUCGGUGUGGUUGGAGGUCUGGGUUUAGCAUUCAACUUACAGCCUGCCUUGACCAUGAUUGGCAAGUAUUUCUAUAAGAAGCGUCCCAUCGCUAAUGGAUUGGCGAUGGCUGGAAGUCCAGUGUUUCUGAGCACAUUGGCACCUCUCAAUCAAUUCCUCUUUAAUGCUUUUGGCUGGAAAGGAAGCUUUCUUAUUCUGGGAGGACUUCUUUUGAACUGCUGUGUGGCUGGGUCACUUAUGAGACCUGUUGGACCAAAAAAAGUCCCUCCUAUGAAAAAAGAUGUUGAAAAAGGCACAGGAGAUUCUGCCUUGCACAAAAACAACAAGAAGUCUUGUUGGCAAACUAUGAAUAAGUAUCUAGAUCUGUCCCUCUUCAAACACAGAGGGUUUCUGAUAUAUUUGUCAGGAAAUGUCAUUAUGUUUAUUGGUUUCUUUGCUCCAAUAGUAUUCUUGGCUCCUUAUGCCAAGCACAAAGGAAUUGAUGAAUAUUCUGCUGCGUUUUUGCUCUCGAUCUUAGCCUUUGUAGACAUGUUUGCUAGGCCUUCUAUGGGACUUGUAGCAAACUCCAGGUUUAUCCGGCCAAAGAUUCAGUAUUUUUUUAGUUUUGCUGUCUUGUACAAUGGUGUCUGUCAUAUCUUGUGCCCUCUGGCAAAAAAUUACACUGGCUUGGUGAUAUAUGCUGUGUUUUUUGGGUUUGCAUUUGGAAUGGUUAGCAGUGUUCUUUUUGAGACAUUGAUGGACCUUGUUGGAGCUGCCAGAUUUUCCAGUGCAGUGGGACUCGUCACCAUUGUGGAAUGUUGUCCUGUGCUCAUAGGCCCUCCUCUAGGAGGUUGGUUAGUAGAUGUUACUGGUGAAUAUCAGUACAUGUAUUUUGUCUGCGGAGUAAUUGUGACUGUGGCCAGUAUCUGGUUGUUCAUUGGCAAUGCCAUCAACUACAGGCUUUUGGCAAAAGAAAAGAAGUUAGAAGAUGAGAAGCAGAAAGCACAGAAGAAUGCUGACCCAAAGGAAGCAGAACCAUUAACAAACAAUGAGAAUGAAGAUGCUUCCAGCAGAGCUGAUAAAGCUCUUGAAGAUCCAUCAGAAAGAGAAACCAAUAUUUAAUCUGAAAUAUAGCUCAGAAGGCAACGUUUAUGACUUCCAUUAGGAAUCUGUCUUCAAGACACAGGCCAGGUUUUGUGGUAAUAAUGAUCAGUCACAAUAUUGGAUGGGAACAGAUUUUUGCCCUAUGGCAAGACUCUAAGCUAAAUUACUAUCUAUAGUUUAUUUAUUUCAGCGAUACAAAAUUACAAUUACAGAGGUAGUGACUCAAUGCAAAUUAGUCCAUUAAUUUUUAUCUCUGGACAAUCAAGAGACAGGUAAACCAGGCUAUAAAGCCUUCCAAUGACAAACAGUUUUGUUUCAAAAGUAUAUCUAAUGCAAAAGUAUUUCCUACUCUUAUUUGGGAAGAUGCUUGCAUUCCUCUUUAGGAUGUGGUUAAAGGCUACUGAAAUAAUCUGCCCAAACUCUACUUACCACUGAUAUUAAAGAGAACAUAAAGUCAAAGAGACAUAAUACCUGACUGAAACACACUGAAACAUUCAGUACUCUUUUGUAUGCCCACUGGAUAAAAAAUAUGGCUGCAUAAGCCACAACCAUUUAUGGAUAUAAAAGUUAAGGUUAGGAGAUAAAUAAUUGGUGAGCAUAUCUCUAAAAUACAUCAAAAAGCUGAUUUAUAAUAUAUUCUAGAAGUAGUUUCCUCCAGUGAUAGCUGAUUACAUUGUACUUCAAUAUAUACAUUUGAAUACAAAGUACGUUCAGACCUUGCUAAUUCAAGCUAAAAUCUGCCUGUACAUAGAAGAUUUAAACCCAAGAUUUACAUUUCUAACAAGAGUGGCAAUUAGUUUGUUUGAUUAUGUAUUCCUGUGUAGCUGAAGGAUCUGGAUCGGACUGUGAAGCCAUUUUCCUAAAGGGACUAGAUUCAGAAUGUGCUGAUGUCAAAAGGAUACUAACCCUUGGCUUUUGUGGCCUUAAUCAGCUUCAUGACAAUGACUUCAAAGUAGAUGCUUGGCUUUAUUGACAAGUCGUUAGUUGUUUGAUGGUUUCCUGAGAGGAGAUUUAAGAUCUAACUUCAGAUCUUUGCAGAUAGGUAGCUUCAUACCACUGCUCACUUCCCUUUCCCAGGAAUUUAGUAAAAAGCUACUUCUUUUUUUGUAAUGCUGCUUUGAGCAAAAAUGCUGUAAAGCACCUUGACAAUGGCAGUCUGGAAGCUUUGUAUUGACAUAUCUGCUUUAUGCAGGAUGUUUAGUCUUGUGUCUACAAUUUCAUGCAGACACUCAUAUAAAUUAAAAUGUACACAUUUGUUCCGCUUCCUUUAGACAAAAGAAAGCAUAAAUCUACAAAUCUGACUUUACAGAAAUCAUUUAGUAUUGCAUUUGAAAGUUAAAAGUGCAAGCUUCUGAAGGAAAUAUGUGAAAUUAUUUCUGUUCUAUUUCUAGGUAAGGAAAAGUGCUAUUCAUUUUGGAGGGAUGCUUAUUAAUGCCUUUAGAAGUUGUGAAAAUUAAGGGUCUGAUUCAUAAAACAUUUAGGCACUGUUUAUGCAGGAUACACCUACACUCAAUUCCAGGAAAAGUAUAUCAUUCAUUUUAGUCUUCUAAAUCUCAAAAAAGUUGGAAAUACAUUGGACAGAGAGCUGUGAUAAAUGCACUCUGAAGUGCCAAUAACAAAAUUUAAAAAUUAAUGGUAAAGUCUAGUAGAUAUGGGAGGGCUUUUAAGAAAGUUGUUUCUUAAUAUUAUCAUGUUCAAUAUUAUUUUAAUUUUUCUUUUAAAAUUGUUGGUAGUACUUGCUUUUGUUUUGCUGGUUUAUCAUCUUAUAAAGUUCCACAUUAGUGCUGAAUUCUUUAAUGUUCUCAUCACUGUUUUGGGGAGAAACAUCAUGAAUCUACUCUCAGCAUGGUACAGAAUUUAAUACCUGCUUUUUACCUAAUUACAUUCAGGAAAACCAAGCUUCUCCAACAAAUCCUGUAGUUUUUUAGGAGCACCAGAAACAAAAUAUAUGCAUUUCAGGGUUUUGGGAGAAAAUACUGGUUACAUGUUCAGAUUUGAGUAGUGUUCUGUGUAAAGGGGAAUGAUUCAAUCCCAGUAAAAUUACAGCUCCUCUCCCAACCCCCAGCUUCAGGGAGGAAAUAAAUACAUUGCACCUCCCUCUGAACCUUAGCCUUGCUAGCACCCCAUGACAUGAAAGCAUUGCUCUCUUUUUGGCUGUACAAAUAUACUGAGUGAAUUCCAGGAUCUGUGAAGGCCCUGCACACCCAUAGCCAGAAAGUGAUGAGUUUCACAGACACUAAGCUUUCAUGCAGUGGGGAAUAUCAGUUAUAAAUACCGGAUUGUGAAAGAUGAACUGAAAUUUUAGCUGAAGAGUAGUCAUCAGGAACAUCACUCUGCUCUUGACAGCCACUGAUAGAAAGGCAGAGAUUAUUUGAAAAGAGAUUAGUACAGGAGCUGAACCAAAAUGUCUGAGGCAACACUGUAGGUGCUUAUUAUUUCUUUGCAAAAAAGCAGCAUGAUUAAGAAUACAGGGUAGAAGAAAACAAGGGUCAACUUUUGACUGAAGGCUGUUAAAAGUUGCUGUUGAGUAAAUAAAGGAUUCAGAAAAAUGAUGAUAAAAAAAAGUCUCUCAGGAAAUAUGCAGGCAACUUGCCUGUUCUAUGCAGGAUCUCAGAAUACAAAACAACGUGGCAUAGGAAAUAAGGGAAAAACAAGGUUCCUCGAGCCAUAGACACACCUGACCACCAGUAGCAAAAAUUAUGUUACUAUCUCAGAAGAGAUAAAAAUUUCUAUAAACACUCUACAAAGAUGCUACUCUUUCUUCUCUGGUAAAUUAUGUUAAAAGAUAAUAGGAGUGCAAGAGCUGUUUUACCACCACUCACCAAUGUGCAAUUUCUAAUCCCAUAAGGCAAAAUUAUGUGGCAGGCAAAUGGAGCAAUAUAAAGUAGGAAGAGUCAAGUGAAACAUUUACUUACACCUCUUUCAUUACUCUUCCUCUUAAUAAUAGCAACAAAAUAAAACUCAUCAGCAUACUCUUGAUACUACUGAAUAUUAAAUAAGUUAAAAUCCAGAGAUGAGGGAAGAAAAUUGGAACCAUAUCUAUGCAAAAACUGCCUCAAAUUAAAAACCUGUGUCUUCCAAAUAACAGGUCCUAAAGGGGCAAUUGCCUAGUAUAGGUAGCUCUUAUUUCUGAAAGUAAUGAUGAAAACAAAUUGCCUUGAAUCAUCUUUAUUCUGAGCAUCAAAGUAGCAAAAUGAGUAUACCUUGCCUUCAAACUCCUGAAUAUCAUUCUUACUUGCACUGACCUGUAAUUUGUACUGUAAAUCAUUUCAAGAUUACAUUUCUGCUUUCAAGAUUAGACCUGGGUAUAUACAUCAUCUCUCUAAAUUCUUCUGGUUUCUCUUAAUUACCUCACCCUCAGUCUGAAAACACUGAAGGGUAAGGACUAAGACAUUCCUCUGAUAAGUGAUGAAGAAAUGUUCUCAAACUUCAUAGCACGAGUCUCUUAUGCACUAUAAGAAUCUGUAGUCUCUGUCAGUGCAAGCAAAUCCUUAAUUGGUCUUAUUCUCAUUUAUACUCAUGUAUGCUUAAUUCUUUCAAUUUCUCUGCCAUAGUAUCACUAAGCCUAAUUAUCCUCUUUCUCUUCUAGAAAAAAUAAUGCCAAAAUUUGAAAAUUAGUAGCAAGGUGGGAUAGCAUCAAUAAUAUUUUUGCCUAUUUAAUAUCAGGGUUAAAUUUAAAGUUGUUUUAAAGUACACAUCGUCUCUCUUUUGGGUUUUUUAUGUCAUACACUUUAUUAGCUGGGAAGUUAUCCUGUAUUGCCCUUUCCAACUCCAGAGAAAGAUUCAUCACUAAUAAUUCUCAGUACUAUUUCAAGAACGUAUCGAAAUUUCACACCCUCCCAUCUCUCCCCAUUUAACUGUGAUUGCAGUUAGUUCUGUAUUUCCGUGAAGUUCAGAAAAGCAUAUUUUUAUAUGGAAGACUACAAUGAUUUCAAGAACAUGAUUUGUGAGCUGUUUUGACAGAGCUAGGGGAAAUCUGACUUCAUCUUUAAAUAGAUUUUUUUAAGUCAUGCUGUCCUUAUGAGAGGAAGUUCAGCUUUACUUACUGCUGAAGUGAAGUGCAGCAAUUUUACUGAUUCUUGAUUCAAAAUUCACAUGCAUUUUAAUGGUAGUGUUGCAUAUCAGUAUCCAUUGUGCUUAAAAAAACAUUUGGCAAUGUGUACAUGAUUGUUCCUCCCAGAGAAUUCUCUUAAAAGUUCCCCAUCUCCACCAUGCCAUACUUCAUUUUGAUGUAACACAAAAAAUUUGGACUGGGUAUGUAGGGACUUAUUUUUAAUUCUUUCUUGUUCUUGUUUUUCCUGAAAUGCCACAUUAGCCAUGUUGCCAAAAGCAACAUUUUUCACUUGCUUCUUUCAUGUCUGGUUGUGAAUAUUAGUGGAGAGGUAUUACUGGGAUACAUAAGUUACAGAUACCACAUGCAGUCAGAUUUUGGGCUGCUAUCAGGAUUUCACUAAACAAAGCCAAUCACCACUUUUAUAGAUGAACAUGCUAUAAAUGACACUGACAAUUUUGCCUAUAACAAAAUGGAAUCAGGCAAUUUUUGUUAGUUUCUCUAUAGAUGACUAUUUUUCUACUCACAGAGAGGAAUAUAAAGGGAAUUUUAAAAUAAUUAUUUUCAGAGAUGGCAUGCCAGUUUUAAUAAGGCUGUUUGGAUUUUUUUGGGGGUGGGUGAACUUCUGAUAUUUGUGCAAAUAUAUAUAUAAUGAAAGUGCUUGCAUGUACUAUCAUAUUUUUGGUCAGAAUUUGCAUAAGCAUUGCUGUGUGAUUUCAACAUAAUUUGCAUGCUGUAGUUUUUCAGUUCAAAUUUUCCUCAUCAUCUACCUCUCAGUUGAAGUUUGGAGACUUGCACAACCCUGGAAGAAUAGAGUUAACAAAAUGCAUAAUGGUAAAACCUGUACAGAGUAUUAGAAAGUCUCCCAAAUAUUUAAAGCUGCUUACGCUUCUGCUUUUAAGACAGUGCAUAUGUCUAACCACAUCUUUGUACCAGCUGGCAUAUCUUUAUUAAGUCUGAACACUUAACCCAUACUUGUAAAGUUUUUGUAUCACUGAUCUGCUAUAAAAUCUCAGCGUGUCAUUUAGAUAUCCAAAGUCUGCUCUCUUUCUGUGAGAUGCUGGCCCUCCUUUCUUUUUUGUUUUCUUACAAUUUCUGAGUUAGGGAAAUUAACAAAGUUCAAAUGUCGAAACAGCUUUUAAAAGUAUUACAGAACAUUCUACAUCCCUGAAAAAAAAUUGUGUUUCUGAUUUAGAAAUAAUACCAAAUUUUAGCUUGCUUUUCCUUCAUGGGGCAGUUGAAGUAGGUAUUCACAAAAUAUUAGGUUGGGGCCAAGGAAUAAUGACUGUUCUUCACAUGCUCUUUACAAAAACAGAGAUGAUUGUUCCUUCAAAGAUAUUCUGCAAAUCAUUCUUGCCUUCUAGGACCUAGUACAAAGACCACUAAAGCCAACAUAAAAAUACCAAUCAAAGAGCUUUAUCAGACACUGGAGGUGAUCUGGCUUCAGUGGAAGUUUCAGCCUUAUUUUCUCCAUUCCAAAUCUCAGGACUGUCAGAUAUAACACAGCAAAUGCAGGAUUUGUUACAACUGGCAAAUUUGCUAUGCCUGCAUAAUAUUCCUAAUGAAUCCGUCCCUAAAUUAAUGCACAGUAUGUAUUAUUUUAACAGUAUAUGUAAAUAAAUUUUUUAAAAAAUCCCACCAUACACUCUGAAUGUAAAUUAUAAAAUACAGAGGAUAUAUUUAAAUAAAUAUCCAAACACAUCUGUUAACCCCAAAGGAAAUUAUCUAUUUCCUUUCAAGCCUUCUUUGAGCAGUUUAUAACCUUCAUUUUUCUUAUUUCCAGAGAAAAUGGUUUAUGUCUUCUGUGAAUGUAUAUAUGGACAUAUAUAAGGGAAUAUAUAUGCAGAUGUGGUAUGUGUGUAUAUACGUAUUCCCCUAUAUAUAAAACUCUAAUUUAUAUAUAUUAUAUAUAUUCAUGUAUAUAUAAAAUAUAUAUAAGGUUUUAGAGUAAGUUGCAUAUUGUGCCUGAUAAAUGAAACAUAAUUGUAAGCAAAUAAAAAACUUCCACAAAUGACAGAAAAAUUUGAAGCUUUUCUGUAAGGGCAUAUGUUAUUUUUCAGUUUCUGCUAGAUUUAUUUAUAGUAGAAAUUCAUUCAAAAAGCUGCAGUAUUACAUAACACUGGUUUCCAACUAUGACUCAGUUCAAAGCAGCCUAAGAUCACUGAGAAUGUUCAUUGAUGUAGACGGCAAAAUCUACAUUGUUCGUGAGUUGGUGGUGGGGUGUUGUUGCUGUGGAAAUAUUAACUAAAUGAUCUCUGAAUAGGCUGCAACCAACAGACUGAGUUUUCAUCUACUGUGGUAUGUAUGACAAGCUCAUACAAAGUAUUGGUGGACAUGACAUUUAUGUAACAAGUAUGGAAAAUGAGGAUACUCAGGCGUCUGCAAACAAUAAUCCUGUUAGAUUAAUAUGUGAAACUGUCCAGAACACUAGUCACUAAAACCACUGACAAUUUAUCCUACCUUUUACAGGUUUUGGUGGUUUUAAUUUGUCUGCAAGUAGGCAAGCCCAUGAAACGUCUACAUUUGGCUCUCACUCUUUAAAAAAGUUAUACCAUGAAAUUACUGGGAGAUUUUUUCCACAGUGGUACAUAAAUCACUUACAUAAAUUCCCUUCCUUGAAAAGUGAUAUAGCUGCAUUUUCCACUUACAGCCUACUUGGAAAGUUCACUGUAUCUGCAGUUUAUCAACAGAACCUGGUAUUGCUAUGCAAUAAUUAAUAAUUAAAUAUGCAGUAACCAUUGUUUUUGACUAAUAAAGUUGUUUCUUUCUUUCUGUACUUUGCAAUACUGUAUGGUUUUUACUUGAAUAUAUUGGCUAGAUUUUUUUUUUUUUGACAACCAUUUAUUAGAUAGAGGUGCUAUUUAUGUUCCAAAGAUAUAAGAGUGAAUGAUAACAUCCUCUUUCUAGAUGCCAAAUCCAUUUUUUGACCUGACAAAAUUCAUUGUUCCUAACGUAUAUUAACCUUGUAAAAUGCUUAUGCAUUGCAUUAAAUUGUAUUUAAAUGCAUUUUUGUUCAUUAACUUCUAUUCCAGGCUUGUACUACUGUGUAAUAUGUCAAGUUUGUCCAUAUAUAUUUAUGGGAAAUUACAGUGAAAAUUGUGUAAAAUAAGCAAUUGGGAGAAAAAAAAAGAAAAAUGAAAAUAAAAUUUCCAUGUAAAGUUUCUGAAAGGAUGUAAAUUCUGUUUUCUUAGGCUCCUUAAUAGUAAAUUAUUUACACCUUCAGAGUGUGCAAAUAUUCAUAGAUACAUAGAUUGAUUCACUAUUCAGUUGUAGCAAAGAUCUCAAAAUCACUUCUUGUUGCAUACAGAAACACAACUUAAAGAUUUCCUGUGGAGAAAAGAUACUACUAGUAGCAGAACAUUGUACCAACCCCUUGCUAUUCCUAAUCUCAGCAUAAUUAGGAUUUAUUCUCAUACAUAACUCAAAUAUCAUCUGGACACCAGAGAUUUUUUUUCCCCAUUACUCGAACUGGGAUAUUUCUAUAUUCCAUGUAUAUGCAAUGUUACUGCUUGAUCACCAAUACUCAUUUUGCUACAGAAGAGGCUUGAAAUAGUGCAUGUAGAUAAGCCUUACUUUGUAUCAUCCUUAUAAAUCUUAUCUGUUCCUGUGUUUCUGUCAAUUGACUUCAGUCUAUGAUUGCUUGCCCUAGUUAAAUUGUUGUUUUUUACAGAAUGUGAUUUGAUAUUUAAAAUUAAGAUAUUAUGGGGGUGUUAAAGACAGUAUUAGGAUACUGUCUACACACCUUUCAUACAGAUGCAUAGUAAGCUACUAGGAAACAAAGAUGUAAAAGAUGAACUAUUGAGUGAGAAAGAAUUUUUUCAAAGCAAAUGAUUGUUAUAAUUCUAAUAACUGUAAAAUCUGUUUUCAAAGAAUUAUGCCUACAAUCUUUGUGAUACAGAAGUUUUGAUUCAGCUACCAAAAUAUGUUUAGAUUUUGUUUAGAUUAUGAACCCUCAUAAUAGUUGCGUAUCUGACUAUUUUAAUAUUAAUAAAAAUCCAUUUUCAGGCAUUGACCAAGCAAAAGAAUAAAAAUAAAGCUAAAAAUAUCUAGUGAUGAAGUUGUCCCUUUGGAACAACAAACAAGAUAUGAUAUUUAACCCUGCUCAAAUACAUAGCUGGUAUCACUUUUGUGCCUAAGGAUAUGUUGUGUCACUGAAUCUGAUUGCGUGACUAAAAUAUAUUGCUAAGAAAUGGAUACUGAAUUGAGAAAAAUCAUUCCUGUUACUGAGGUUUUGUGUUUUGAUAGUGUAGUGGCAAGAUAAAUGGAGACCUCAGUCUGUAGUUACAGCUGUAGUAACAGCUGUUACUGUUUCCAACAAAUGUUAUUUUAUUCUAAUAAUGAACCCUUUUAACUGCUGGUUAUUCCAGGUCGAGUAAAUAGAUUGCAUUUGCCAUUGCAACUCAACAUUAAUAGCUUCCACUGUUUUAUUCCUCUGAUCAGGACUUUAAAAACAUUGUGAUUCAUUGAAGAUCCUAAUCUAUAAAAUGCACUCAAUCUUGAACUUGUGUGGGAUCUGCUGUGCCAGCCGGUUCCCUAAAAGUCUAUGGGACCUGAUGGGAUUACUCUGAGAAUACUCAAAGUGCUGGCUGAUGUCAAUCCAAGACCUCUAUCAAUUAUUUUUCAAAAGUCUUGGGAAUCUGAAGAGGACCCAGCUGACUGGAAGCUGACAAACAUCUGUGUUUGCCAUAGCGCAUUAUGUCUUGCUCUAUCUUCUUAUAUUACAGAUAAGACAGUGCCCUAGAGAUCAGAGAUACCAACAUUAUUUUUUAAAUAUGAAGUCUGAAUCAUAGGUCAAAGAAAAUUAAAUUAUAUAUAUAGUGAAUAGUAAAUUAAAUAUAUAGUAAUAGUAAAUUAUAUAUAUAUAAAAUUGAUGAUUUUGAUUCACUGGUUGAAUAAGUAGUUCCAUUUCAUAAGGUGACCUCUAAUUACCAGUGCCCAGUGACACCAAACUGAAAGUCAGUCUUGUUUAAAAAAUAUCCACUUCGUGAACAACUGGUUUUCUCAUGGAAACUUCCUACAGAAUCCUAUUGUAUAACAUAAUGAUGUUCUUACCUCAAAACUUGUAUGUGACAAUAUGAUUCUGUUCUUUUUUUGACUAGCAUGAGACUUCAAUCUUGAUGGUUUGUCUGUACAAAGGAACUCUUGACCUAAUCCAAAGUUCCACUGUUUUUUCUCACAAGGUAUAAAAAAACAGAUGAUACACCCAGAGAAAAUCCAAAAACACUGAGUCAGAUUGAUAUUUUAAGGACAUUUUACCUACUUUUUAUCCAUUAGCACAAAUGGAUCUUAAAACAUCUUGAACUGUACUGUCUUGAAUUCAGUUUAAAAUUUUAUAAUUGUAGAUUUCAUGUAUUGUGUGAAAAUUGCCUCAAACCAAUAUUUCACAUUAAUAUAUGAGGAUAUAAAGAAAUUUGUCAAAACUAAUAUUAAUCUUAGAUUAUUUUCUUUUUUAGGAUUUUGUCAAAAUUUAGAGUAAAUGGGCCUGGAAGGUAAUUAUGUUACUUCCCUUCUUUCAUGUGUUCUUCUCCUAACUUUUUCACUGGUACUGGUCAUGCAAGUGUGAGAGAUUAAAAAUGGCUACUGGCUUAAACAUUGUUAAGAUCACCGAAGGACUUUUGUCCAUUGUAGCGACUACUGACCACUGAAGCCCAUCCCUUCCCAAAUAUGCCUCCUGACAGGAAUUUGGACUCUGACGGAAACUUGAGAUAACAUAAAGGUGGUACUUUUGUCCAAAUAUCUCAGGUCUAAGGAGAAGUAAACAAGGCUGAGGGAGAAGAGUGUAUCCACAAGGAAAGCCAAACUCAGCAGCUGUGAUACAAAUCAUCUCUGGCUGAGUUCAGGGUGGGAGAGGCCACAGCCCACAGGCUCAUCUGCUGAGGCCAGGUUUGCGCACACUCCCCCUGCAGCUGAGGGAGAGGAGGAGAGUGUUUAGGGGUGUGACAGAAGGAAUGAACACCCAUACACAAACUGUCUCAGUUGUAAAACCUCCCAACAACAACAGUAAGUAAAAAAACUUCGUAACUUCUUUUCCAACUGUUUGGACCUUACAUGACAGAAAGCACCUCUGAGAAAUUUCUUCGAAAUGGUGAAGUUUCCAUAAAGAAAAAAAUGAAUCAAAAUGCAUGCCUGGAGGAGAUACUGCUCAGCAUUUGCAGAUAUCAUCCUGAAGUCCUGCACAUAUUUCCAUUUAAGAUUGAAUUAGAUUUUAUUGUUGGAAAUUGUCAAUUUAAAUUUGAGUGCUUUUAAGAGUAGUAGCUAACAUUUAUGUUGUUUCAUUAAAAACACCUAUUAAUUUUC